AUGCGCGAGUUUGAGUUUGAGAGGCUGUCGGCUCAGAGGGGAGGGAAGGGACGGACAGGCUGCCGCCUCCCGGGAGGGCGAGCAGUGCUGAGAAGCUCUGAAAUCUUCAAGCAAAAACUGGACUCUGUGCCAGAUCAAACAAGUUCAGAAGAACAAAUGGAGAACUGGUCAAAAGAAACACACAACUUGGAACAGAAAAAAGAUGGGUUCUGUAUGGAAUUUCAGUGUCACCAGGAUUCUCAAAAAAAGGCAGAGUUUUUCAUGCAAGCAGAAGCUGAAGCACUGAACUUUUCGGAUUUGCCGGUAACCAGUCAAAGAAGAGGAGUCCAAAUCAGUUGUAAUUCCAAUCCUGAAGAACCAAGCACCAUAGAAAGAAAGGCUAACAGGAUGCUUCCUGAAUUUAAAUCCUCAUGGAAGGAUGCUGCAGAGUUAGGUGGAAAAACAGAAGCUGCAUUCCUUUUGAAAGAGCUGGACACUCUGAGAGCCAAAAAUAAAAAGCUUCAAGAUCAGCUCUCUGAAAAGGACCAGGAGCUGAAGACAAUAAAACUGGACUUAGAACUGCAAGAGAGGGCAACAGAAGCUAAGAUUGCAGAAAAGAUUGCAGCUCUGGUGGAAGAAGUUUAUUCUGCUCAACGGGAACGUGACGAGGCUGUCAUGGCAAGGCUUAGGUUAGCCAAUGAAGAGAGAGAUGAAGCAUUGCUACGAGUCCAGCGUUUAGAGGAGUCUCUCAAAGAGCUAGAAAAUAUUAACCCUGAAGAAAAUGACAUGACAUUACAGGAAUUACUGAACAGAAUAAACAAUGCAGACACUGGGAUAGAUAUACUGAAGAAUGGAGCUAUAAUUCUGAAUCAAAUACACAGGACCAAAGAACUUAAAAAGAAAAUAAUAGCUGAGGAAAUGAAUGCAGUAAUAGAACAACGGGAUGCUGCUUUGUCUCAAUGCAAACGGCUAGAGCAGGAGCUUCAUCAUCUGAAAGAGCAGAACCAGACUUCAGCAAACAACACGAGACAUCUGACUGCUGAAAACAAUCAAGAACGUGCUCUGAAGGCACAACUGAUAGCCUUGCAAGAAGAAAAGGAGGCUGCUCUUCAACAGUGCAAAAAAUUAGAAGAAGAAACCCAGAUGCUGCGUCUUUAUUACAGCUUAUACAACUCUUUGUCUGGAGGAAUGAAUCUGAAGGAGCAGCUUAGCUUUGGUACUUCUGAAGGUGGCUUGCAAGGCAGGGAGGAUGUCAUGACCCUUGCCUAUCGCCAGAUUGAAGAUCUGGCAGCUCAGCUGCAGCAGGCUCAGUCAGAGCAGAAGGACACAGAGCUGAAGCUCCAGAAGGCCCUGGAGGCUUCACAGGAAGCCAAUGAAAAAGUUCAGAAGUUGGAAAGGCUGGUGGAAGUCCUGAGGAAGAAGGUUGGAGCAGGGACCAUUAGGACCGUGAUCUGA